GACGGAGAAGAAAAGAGGCUGCCGUGGGUGCCACUGAGGCCCCUUGAGGGCCGGAACCGGCAGGCAGGGCCACUCCAGACCACCAGCCCCGAGCUUGUGGGGUCCCUGCCAGCCUCACCCUGGACUGACUGCCCACAGCACAGCGUGCCCAGAGGGAGGAGGCCAGCCCCGCCCCAGUGUGGGAACCUGGGGCGGUGUCCUCCUUGGUGAUCUGCCUGGGGUCCCCUCCUGCAAACUGUCCCGGGCAGGAGUGGCUGAUGGCGCUGCACAGGCCUGUGGAGAAACCCUGGCUCUGCUUGUUUCCGUGUUUCUUGGUUUUCCUCCUCAAGGGAAGGCGAACCUCCUGAACUGCUCCACUUCAAAACUGCUGGGCAAGAAAAAGAUUUUCAGCAAAUCCUCCCAGCCCACCAACCCUGUGCAAGGCCUGGGCUGGCCAACUCUCAAACGACUUGGAACGCAGUCAGCAGGGAACCUGGCACCCACCCUUCCACCUCAGUGUCCUUGUGGAGUCUGACAGCCUCAGGAAGCCCCCGGCCAGCCCCUCAAAGAGCUCAGAGAACUCAACUCUGAGGAUGGAGCCAGGAGGGGGGUCCUCAAUGCCCCCAGCCCCCAUUGCCACCCGGGGGGAGCCAGAUGCUGGGCCUAGCAGCUCCUCCCUGGAGCAUCCAAGCACAGACCCAGGGAAGCUCCGAGCGCUCCCUGUUGGGCCUGGAGCCCACUGCGGGGACCCUGCCUCCGAGAGCCCUGGCAGCCAGGCCUCUGCGGGGGACAUGGGCUCUGUGGGUGAGCCCAGCAGCGGCACUAAGAUCCCUAACCGGGACAGCGGGAUAGACAGCCCUUCCUGCAGCGUGGUUGGCGAGCACUUCUCCUGCGAGGACGGCAGCGAGGCGGGCCCAGGCCCCACCAUCAAAGGCCUGCACCUGGAGACAGCCCCAGGUGGCAAGGCCCCACAGGAGGAGGCCGAUAGCGAUAUGGGCGAGGGCAGCAGUGAGGAGCCAGACCCCGAGAAUAGCCCCUUGAGGGCUGACGCGGAUCCAGCCAAGUGCUCUGAGCCCCAGAAGCUGCUCCACAUUGCCCAGGAGCUGCUGCACACCGAGGAGACCUAUGUGAAGCGUCUGCACCUGCUAGACCAGGUUUUCUGCACCCGACUGAUGGAAGCAGGGAUCCCUUCGGAAGUCACCACAGGCAUCUUCUCUAACAUCUCCUCCAUCUAUUGCUUCCACGGGCAGUUCCUCCUGCCUGAGCUGCAGACACGGAUCAUGAAUGAGUGGGACACAAACCCCCGGCUUGGAGACAUCCUGCAGAAGCUGGCCCCAUUCCUCAAGAUGUAUGGUGAAUAUGUCAAGAACUUUGACCGGGCUGUGGAGCUGGUGAGCACCUGGACCCAGCGCUCACUGGUAUUUAAGGACAUUGUCCAAGGCAUCCAGAAGCAGGAGAUGUGCGGAAACCUGACGCUGCAGCACCAUAUGCUGGAGCCCGUGCAGAGGGUCCCCCGUUAUGAGCUGCUGCUCAAGGACUAUCUGAAGAGGCUCCCAGAGGAUGCCCCAGACUGGAAGGAUGCAGAGAGGUCCUUGGAGCUCAUCUCCACAGCUGCCAACCACUCCAACGCUGCCAUUCGGAAAAUGGAGAAAAUGCACAAGCUCUUGGAGGUGUACGAGAGACUGGGUGGGGAGGAGGACAUCGUCAACCCUGCAAACGAGCUGAUCAAGGAGGGCCACAUCCAGAAGCUAUCAGCCAAGAAUGGCACGACCCAGGACCGCCACCUCUUCCUGUUCAACAGCAUGAUCCUUUACUGUGUGCCCAAACUGCGGCUCAUGGGCCAGAAGUUCAGUGUCCGGGAGAAGAUGGACAUUUCCGGCCUCCAGGUGCAGGAUGUCGUCAAGACAAAUGCAGCCCACACAUUCAUCAUAACUGGAAAGAAAAGGUCCCUGGAGCUACAAACUCGGACAGAAGAGGAAAAGAAAGAAUGGAUUCAGGUCAUUGAGGCCACCAUUGAGAAGCACAAGCAGAACAGCCAGACUUUCAAGGCCUUCAGUGGCUCCUUCAGCCAGGAUGAGGAUUCCUCCCUCACUCCAGACCCGCCUAUGGUGAGCGCCAACUCAGAGGUGCCUGCAGUGGUAGCCGCUGGUGGAGCGGGUGCUGCAGGGCUUGAGCCCAGGAGAGGGUCCUCUAAGACCAGACGUGACAAGGAGAAGCAGGGCUGCAGCAGCUGCGGCGAGACCUUCAACUCCAUCACCAAAAGGAAGCACCACUGCAAGUUGUGCGGGGCGGUCAUCUGUGGGAAGUGCUCCGAGUUCAAGGCCGAGAACGGCAGGCAGAGCCGUGUCUGCCGAGAGUGUUUCCUGACCCAGCCGGUGGCCCCCUCGAGCCCCAGCCUCGAGGACCCCUUGGAGCCCAAGCAGAGCACAGAGAAGCCAGCCACUGUGGACCCCCUGCCCAGCCUGCUCUGUGGCCCCCUGCAGGUGUCGGAUGGCGGCACAGCCUGGAGCAAGGUGUGGGCUGCCAUCUCUGAGUCGGACUCCCUGGAGUUGGUGCUGCACCUUCGAGGAGGCAGCCAGGAUGGCCAGCUGCUGCAUGCCAUCCCCCUCUCUGGCUGGAGGGUGAGUGUGCCAGACCCCGCAGAGAGGCUGGAUGCUGGACACGUGUGGCAGCUGCAGCAGGCCCAGCAGUCUUUGUACCUGAGUGCCCCGUCCGCCGAGCUGCAGCAGCAGUGGUUGGAGGCCCUGAGCUCAGCAGCCCACGGGCACCCGGCCCAGGCCAGCCCGGGGGCCCAGCAGCCCCAGGCCCCAGCUGCCCCAUGAGCUGAGUCUCUGCCGCGUCUCCUAGCUGUACAGCCACCACGGCAGGGCCUGUACUCAUCUGAGAGGUGGCAUCAAGGCCACAUGCAGGCAUGAAGGGAGCCUGGACUGCUGAGGGACCAACAGGCCACAUAGCACUUGGCCCUGGAGGGUUCCUCCACAUCAGAGAGGAGAAAAAUGAGGCCCAAACAGGGGCAGCCGAUUGCCCAGGGUCACCCAGCACGUCCCUCAAAGACCCGGGCCUCUGCCCUCAGGCCCAGCAGUGUGGCCCAGAGUGGGGCGUGGGGUGACUGUCAAGAAAACUCCAUCUGAGUGGGCAGUGAGGGGUCAUCUGCGCCGGAAGACAGAAGGAGCUCAUGGGUGGUGCCCAGGGACACCUGGUGGAUGUCUGCAGUCAUGCCACCCCUCCUGACAGUUGCCCACCCAUCUAUACCAUCUACAUCAAUGUGAGCUGAAACAUACUGGCCCCCUGGACUCCACCUCUCUCCUCUUUCCUCUCCCGGGGACUGGGCACACCCUGUGCCACCUCGUAGCUCGCCACCCCAUUUGGAGAUGCCCAAGGGGGUGAGUGGUGGGUUCCUGAAUAACCAUGCUGCGAAACUACAGGGGGACCACACAGGCAUCGUGGGGGGGGGGGUGCUGAGAUUUGUGCCUGCCUUCCCUGGUGGGUGGUGGACAGUGCUUAUCUACAUAAAUAAAUGCUGGCAGCCAACAGGUGGACACAGCCUUGGGGCAGGGUCUCCCCACAGUGGGCCUGCUGGUGGUUGGAUGGAGAAUGCGGGUAACAGAUGGGCACAGCCAGUAAUGAGGCCCUGGACCCCAAUCCAGGCCUGCAGGGUGCAAGUAACACCCCUGUGGUUGCCCCAGGAUGCAGCGGCAUUAGACAGCAGGGCCUCAGACAAGGUGCCAUGCCUGGAGACCUGCUCUGUGUCCCUGGUCAUGCGAGUGAGGUAGAUAGGGCCAUUUGCCCCUGUAGCAAGUGGAGCCAGACUUAGAUAUGGGAUCGUGGGGGUGCUGGCUACUCACAAAGAUGUCAGAGAGGUCUUUUUGCACCAGAGCUCCAAGGCCCUUGAGGGAGAGCAGAGGGACUUAGGGACUGAUGACUGAGUGGUGUCCAGUCCCUUGGGACCCCCAUCCCUUUAACAUCCGCAAGGCACCCUGCAGGGAUGCCUAUCACUGCCCAGCCAUGGGCAGACUUGCAGGGCACAUACCUGUGGGCUGAGAGGGCCAUUGUGGGAGCCAGAAAUGGAUGACUGGUUAUGGGUGAGGCGGGG